UGGAGACACUAGUUAUUUCUCCAUGUUAAUCAUAUAGAAAAAAAUAUUUAUGUUCAAAAAAAAAAUCAUAUAGAACAAAUAUUCACAGUCGAAUAUUUAAUUGCCGACCAACAACUAGCAUAAUAUUUUAAGUAAACACUAUAGAUUUUGUCCGUAGCAUAUACAUGACGUAUCAAUGAAUGUACUUACAUAACUAUUGCUGUACAUAGAUUCUUAUAAUUCAAAACAAGAUCAGCUUUCGUAAACUGAAAUUCUUCUUGUGGAAUUAGAUCACUAAUAUCAAAAAAAAUUGAAGCUUCUUACACGUCUUUGUUUAGUAGUUAACCUGUGAAAUACCGUUAGAUCAAUCCUAAGUAUUAUAGCAGUUAUGUGAUUUUGGGGUUGUAUAUGGCGUGUUCCCAAUAAAUCUGACCUCAAAAGCUUUUUUUUAUUAUUUUUUUAUUGAAACUCACUUUUUUUUUUUGAAACUCCUUGACCUUAAAAACUAAAAUGCUAAAUAUAAACUAAGAGCAGGAUUAACUCCAGUCUCUUAUUUGAGGUUAUUAACUCAUGAUUUAACACUUUUUAUAUAUUUUUCGGUUAAGAAAUGUCUCUUAUAUCUUUUAUUUAAAAGACGGUUUUUAGUUUUUCUUAGUUAGUUAAAAGCUAAGAGCCGUCUGUUAGCCGAAGUUAAGAAUCUCAAUUAAAAUACCAGAGUUAAUCAUGGCUAAACCCAACAAAUACAGCUUUUAUGUAUCAUAAACUUACUCGGGAAAACUCAGAAUGACAUAAAAGUUGAGCUAAAAAAACUCCUUUAAUUAUAACUAACACAUGAUGUACUAGUUGAAACAAAAGGGUGACUUGUGUCAUAAUAAAAAAAACUAAUUUUUAAGUGGGAAAUUUUCAAUUAGUGACUCAAUGCACGAAUGCUUGAUGGCAACGGUUAGUUGAUUACAAUUAACUGUAGAGUUGUCUAAUCAAUUGAGUCUAUGACACGACUCUUGUCCCUCUUUGAAAUAGUGAGAUGAAGUUUAUAUAUUUAUGCAUCAACCUGUAACUCUUUUAACCAAUAUAUUUAGGUUCAUCUAUAACUAUAAGUGUAUGCAAUUACAAGUAGUGAACCUAUAUAAUCACGGCAUAGAUUUAUCUAUUGCUCAAGGCGAGGGGCCAUUCACUUCCUUUAACAAAUAUAUGUAUUUGGAGUUGUGAUUUGGCAUUUUGGUUCGACUAUGUAUUUGAUUAAACUAUCUGUUUAUUAUUUUUUAGCGAGGUGACUCAUUACAAAAAGAACAUAAAAUUUACGAUCAAUACCCAUCAAAACACUAUAUACUGUUCUUGUGAAAAGGUUAACCAUAAUAUUCUAUUAUAAAAUUUAUUCAACGGAGGAUGAGAUAAAAACGUUAGUACUAAAUUAAUGAACGUAUUUCAUCUAAAAAUUAUGUGCUUCUGUAGUAAAAUCCUUGUAUUUUUUUCUCUCUCAAACUGUAGCUUUUGUUUGUUUUGUUUUACUGUAGCUUUUGUAAUAGAAGGAUUUUAGUACUAUCUGUUUAUUAAUUUCACUCUUCAAAUAUAGAUGUCCAAUACUGCUGGGAUAAUUGUUGUUUAUUUCAGGAAAAGCACAUGUUAAAAUAAUGCUUAUAUAUAACAAAACAACGCUAGUGUUGUGUAUAAACGUAUAAACUACUAAUUGUUCAAUGACAAGAAGAAAAGGCCAAACUGCUUGGUUGGACCAUUUGUUUUGUCAACUGUGUAUCUGUAAUUUAUUACAAAACUAAUAGAGAGUAAACAAAACAAAACAAAACAACAAUAAUCAAGCUUUCGCUACAUUAAAAAUUUGAAAUGAUCAAAAACAUGUAAGCAGUAAAAUUUUGUGUCGUUUUGCUAUAUUUGAAGGCCGGUGGUCUUGAAAUGAUACAAGUGGUUAACGUUGAGUAAUAUAUAUAUUUUGACUAUGCAUUGUACAUUUUACUUUAGCGACCAUAUACAACUAAUCACGUCGAUCACAUCUUAGAAACAAGCAUACAUGAAAUCAUACUGGGAAAGCUGUAAGCCGUUUGGACUGUUUCAGCGAGAAAGAGAAAAGCCUAUAGAAUACAUGUACAUUGUAUAUAUACAUGUCUACAAAAACACUCUUUAACAACCACACUAACAAGUAGUAAACGUAUUUGCUUGAAUAAAAAGUAGUAAACGUAUUUGCUUGCAUAAAUAUUUCUUCUAAAAGUAUUAACGAAAAAUAAUUGUAGAAACCAAAUUAAGUAUUCUUAGUCAUAAGAUACCAAAAAUUGUUAGAUUAAAACAUUUUCUUUUCGGAGUGUUAGUUGAGAUAAUGUUUUCCCAGAAGUGUCUCUAUUUUAUUCUAUCCCAAUUUGAUAAUUAAUUAUUCACGUAAUGACACAGAAACUAGUUGGUUUCACUUUUCUUGCUUUGUCGUCUUGGAACGGUAAAUUUUGAUUAGAAGCCCUGAUUACUUAAUUGUUCCACCAAUUAAAAAAAAACGAAUAAUUUGAGUUGACGAAUUCAUUUCCUGGUUAAAUCACACAUACACUCUUCUUGUAUGUUCUUUCUUUCUCUCAAUGCUAAAUUUUCACAAUUUUUUCUUUAUUCUACGGAAGACACCCAUAUUCUAUGGCAAACAUCAAAAACCCUAAAAACGUGGAUGAUGAUUCCGAUCGCAUUUCAAGAAACAGUCAUCAAAGCGUUGAUAACUCUCUGUCAAGAUCUUACUUAUGCAGUUUCUGCGUAAGGGGCUUCUCGAAUGCUCAAGCACUAGGAGGACAUAUGAACAUCCACAGAAGAGACAGAGCUAAUCUCAGACAAAGGCUUAUGGAAGAUCACAAGGAUGAUGUUGUAGCGGAGAGUGAUCAUCCAUCAGAAGGUAUCUCUCUAGACCUUAAUGAAAAACAACAACAACAAGACGCCUUUACAUGUGAAGAUGAUGAUCAAAAUCAAGAUGUGGAAAAAGAUAUAAGUCCUGGUAAGAAAUUAGGGUUUUGGGUUCAAGAAAGCAAGAUUGAUACUACUAAUGAUGAUGAAAAAGUCACGGAGGUUGGCAUAGAUGGUUCGAGUUCGAGUCAUCAUGGUGAGAUUGAAGGAUUGGAUCUUGAGCUCCGGUUAGGCCAAAGCGCCGGGGAGAAGAAGACAACAUAAUCGCUCAAUGAUCAUCAUAUGUUUCUUUGUAUGAAAAGGAACAAAGUCCUUGAAACAUCAAACUCUUGAAUCCGUCUAUUACAAAUGGAUUCGUGGAAUGUAUUGAAGGUAUGCAUGUGUAUAUCUAUUGUUGCUACCAUUAUCAUUGUUUUUUUUUGCUAAAAUAUUACCAUUAUCAUUGUUGUUG